AUGAGCAAGAAUUCCAAGGAAAUGAUCUCACUGAUGGGCAAGAAAACCGGCGCCCCCAGCACAGCCCCAGUGUGCCCACUGGAGAGGAGGCCCGCCGAGGUCACACCCACCAAGAAAAGCGCCCAUUUCUUUCUUGAAAUUGAAGGCUUCGAACCCAACCCAGCUGCCAACAAACCUUCUCCUCCCAUCUUCCCCAAGCCCAUGGACUCCAACAUCCGCCAAUGUAACUCUGGGAACUGUGAUGACAUGGACUCUCCCCAGUCUCCUCAGGAUGAUAUCACCGAGACCCCUUCAAAUCCCAACAGCCCAUGCGUCAGUCUGGCCAAAGAAGAGCAGAAGAAAAACAGAAAGAGGCUGAAAAAGCGCAUCUUUGCAGCGGCAGCGGAGGGCAGCGUGGAGGAGCUCGGUGGACUGCUCGGCGAGCUCGGGGAGCUCUCCAGGAGGCGCCGCACCAUGGACCCGCUGGACUACCUAAUGCACAAGCUCACAGCCUCUGACACUGGGAAGACAUGUCUCAUGAAGGCCCUGCUGAAUAUUAACCCCAACACUGAGGAAAUUGUAAGGACCCUGCUUGCCUUUGCCGAAGAAAAUGACAUUUUGGAGCGAUUCAUCAAUGCAGAGUACACAGAGGAAGCCUACAGAGGACAGACGGCCUUGAACAUUGCCAUCGAGCGCAGACAGGUGGCCAUCACCGAGACCCUGAUCGAGAAGGGGGCUGAUGUCAAUGCCCAUGCCAAGGGUUUAUUCUUUAACCCCAAGCGCAAGCAUGAAGGCUUCUACUUCGGUGAAACACCCCUGGCUCUGGCUGCCUGCACCAACCAGCCAGAAAUCGUCCAGCUGCUGAUGGACAAUGAGAAGACGGACAUCGCCUCCCAGGACUCGCGCGGAAACAACAUCCUGCAUGCGCUGGUGACGGUGGCCGAAGACAGUAAGACGCAGAAUGACUUUGUGAAGGAGAUGUACGAUAUGAUUCUCCUGAGAAGCCAGGACCCAGAGCUGGAGACUGCACAGAACAAGGAUGGCCUUACGCCGCUCCAGCUGGCCGCCAAGACGGGCAAGUCAGAGAUCCUCAAAUACAUCCUCAGCAGAGAGAUCAAGGAGAAGCCUCACAGAAGCCUGUCUCGGAAGUUCACAGAUUGGGCUUAUGGUCCUGUCUCGUCCUCCCUCUACGACCUCACCAACGUGGACACCACCACAGACAACUCGGUGCUAGAGAUCAUCGUUUAUAACACCAACAUUGACAACCGCCAUGAAAUGCUGACCCUUGAGCCUCUGCAUACCCUGCUGCGAAUGAAAUGGAAGAAAUUUGCUAAAUACAUGUUCUUCACGUCCUUCUGUUUCUAUUUCCUUUAUAACAUCACCUUGACCCUGGUUUCUUACUAUCGGCCACGGGAGGAGGAGGCACUGCCGCACCCACUGGCCCUGACACACAAGAUGGGAUGGCUGCAGCUCAUCGGAAGGAUGUUCGUGCUGAUCUGGGCCACAUGCAUCUCUGUGAAAGAGGGCAUCGCGAUCUUCCUGCUGAGGCCCUCAGACCUGCAGUCCAUCCUCUCUGAUGCCUGGUUCCACUUUGCAUUCUUCAUUCAGGCUGUGCUCGUGAUACUCUCUGUCUUCUUGUACCUGUUUGCCUACAAAGAAUACCUGGCCUGCCUGGUGCUUGCCAUGGCGCUGGGCUGGGCCAACAUGCUAUACUACACUCGAGGCUUCCAGUCCAUGGGCAUGUACAGCGUCAUGAUACAAAAGGUCAUUUUGCACGACGUUCUGAAGUUUCUGUUUGUGUACAUCGUCUUCUUACUUGGGUUCGGCGUGGCCCUCGCCUCCCUCAUUGAGAAGUGCCCCCAGAGCAACCCCGAGUGCAGCUCCUACGGAAGCUUCAGCGACGCGGUACUGGAGCUCUUCAAGCUCACCAUCGGCCUGGGAGACCUCAACAUCCAGCAGAACUCCAAGUACCCCAUCCUCUUCCUCUUCCUCUUGAUCACCUACGUCAUCCUGACGUUCGUCCUCCUCCUGAACAUGCUCAUCGCCCUGAUGGGGGAGACCGUGGAGAACAUCUCCAAGGAGAGUGAGCGGAUCUGGCGUCUCCAGAGAGCCAGGACCAUUCUGGAAUUUGAGAAAUUGCUGCCCGAGUGGCUGAGGAGUAAGUUCCGCAUGGGAGAACUGUGCAAAGUGGCUGAUGAAGACUUCAGGCUGUGUCUGAGAAUAAAUGAAGUGAAAUGGACAGAAUGGAAAACUCACGUCUCCUUCAUUAAUGAAGAUCCGGGGCCGCUACGUCGGCUAGAUCUCAGCAAAGCUCAGGACUCCUCCAGAUACAACAGCAAAACCACCCUUAAUGCAUUUGAUGAGAUGGAUGAAGUUCCUGAAACCUCAGUGUAG